AUGGCUCCCGCAGCGCUUGUCGCAUCUCUUCCGGCUCCUGUGCCAGUCGGACCUGCCACCAAGAAGGCCACACGUCCAACUAAGCCAAUUCCUCAGUCUUUGAUUGAUGGUGCCAAAAUCGGCAGAAGCGAGUCGUCCGAUCCCAGCAAACAUCUGAAAUUUCAACCUCCGAAGAAUAUUCGCACAAUGAAGAAAAUCGGCUUAGAGGGCCAGGGCGCCAUCAAGCAGAUGCGUGCGGAGAUCUUCAGCGAGAAAGUCCUCGAGGAGUGCCAAUACUCUUCUACUUUCAACCCAAACAUGAUUCGAGGGAUGGGUCCUGCACGAGCCCCCUUUGCCUACGAUGCGUGGAAGUCCCCCGAGGUUCUACCCAAGAUCUCCGAGGUUGCAGGAAUCGACCUUGUCACAUCCUUCGACUUUGAAAUCGCCAAUAUCAACAUCACCAUCCCGAGCGAGAACCAAGACAUCGAUGAAAUCCUCGACACACCUUUUGCAGACCGAACAUCUGCUGUCGCCUGGCACUACGACAGCUUUCCAUUCGUAUGUGUCACUAUACUCUCCGACUGCACCGGUUUGGUCGGUGGAGAAACUGCAUUGAAGACUCCGAAAGGAGAAAUCCUGAAGGUCCGAGGCCCGGCCACUGGAACUGCAGUGGUUAUGCAGGGAAGGUACAUUGAGCACCAAGCUCUCAAAGCUAUGGGUGGUCGCGAGCGCAUCAGUAUGGUUACUUGCUUCUGUCCUAAGGACCCCCUGGUCAAGGACGAGACCGUUCUGGUCGGCGUACGGGGUGUCAGCAACAUCUCCGAGCUCUAUACCCAAUACACUGAAUACAGAAUGGAGAUUCUGGAGGAGCGCAUUCGCCACACGUUGAAGCAAGAGCGUGAGCGCGAGAUUGCGAAGCGUCCAUUUGACAUUGCAAAUACCCGGAGCUUCUUGCUAGAACAGAAAUUGUUCUUGGACUCUAUGCUUAACGAGAUUGUCGAGUUGGAUUAG